GACGAUGUCAUGCAAAAUAUUCAAGACACCCAUUACAAGCUCUCUCAAGAAGAAGCAUAUAGACAAGACCGCCUCAGCUGGCCCCGUGACACUUCAACAUGGGACGUCAUCGCGUGUCUUCCUCUGUCUCGUUGAUGAGAUGGGCUACUCUCCUUUGGACUCUUCUUUGCUCUUCAGCUUCCGCUCUCGAAACAAAGCCCCAGGCGACUUAUCCACUCCCGCAUGAGGCGGAAACCUCAGUCAUAUCGUCGAAUGUCCUCCAAGUGCGAGCCGACGUGAAGCCCUUCACUCUUCGUAUCAUGCCCUUGGGGGCAUCCAUCACGGCUGGAUAUGGCACUACUUUCGAGCAAGGAUAUCGGAAGCCCCUCAGAGACCAGCUACGUUGGCGCGGCUGGCCUGUCAACAUGAUCGGGAGCUCACGUGGCGCCUCCGAGGUGAACUUCAAGAACGAUCAACAUGAAGGCCACGGGGGUCACGUCGUUAGCCAGACAAUCGAUGACUCAAACCUGAGCCUUUAUCGGAUGCCCAACCUGAUUCUCAUCAAUUGCGGCACCAACGACGCCGCCGGUGACAAUGUUCCGACCACGGGAGAUAGAAUGAAGCUUGUCUUAGACCAUCUUUACAACAAGGUUGACAACGUCACUAUCAUCCUGUCAACCUUGGUUCCCAGACUCGACGAAUCCGCCGCCGAUACAUCCAGCAUCAGCGCGCAGUAUCGUACGCUAGCUUCGAACUACGCCGCGGCCGGCCGCAAAAUAAUACUCGCAGAACUGGGCAGUGGUCUCUUUGACAGCAGCACGGAUUAUUAUGACAAGAUUCACCCCAACGACAAAGGCGCAGCGAAGGUUGCGGCAGUUUGGGAUCAAGCAAUCUUGGAAGCAGAGGACAGGAAUUUCAUUACGGAGGCCAUCGACACCGGAAUCCCCGAUAUUAGCAACGGUGAGGAUUCUGGAGGACAGGGCACAUGUGCCGUCGUUCGUGGAGGCCUGCGCGGGCCGGUCAAGACGCAGUCAGGCUGGGGAUACAACGACGGCACGUAUGCGCAUAAGGAUGAUUCCACGGUUGGUCCGAUCGACCUCGGGCAUACCGUGAUAGGUGACAUCGAACCUGGAACAGGCGGUAUUUGGUUUGCUCAGUUGGUCAACCCGGGAAACGCUGACUUCGGUGACUAUCUCGACGAGCUUGUCUACUGCACGGACACGGGGCCGGGCCAGGUGCCCGGGCCAUGUCUCAUGUGGGAGAACUCGGACGGCAACUACAACAAGAUUGACGCCAAGCGCCUGGACAUCGGUCUCAAAUGCCUCGCGCGAGGCAUCCGCUUCGGGGAUGUCAACGGGGAUGGUCUGGACGACGCCAUCUGCAUCAACCAGGAGGCGAAGAUGUACGUGGCCAUCAACAAGGGCGGAAACCCUCCUACCUUUGAGGUCCUUGAAAACGGCGGUCUCGUCCGGGGUACCGGCAGCGAGCAAACGUGCGACUCCCAGGCCCAGGUCAGAUUGGGUGACAUGGAUGGCGAUGGUCGUCUGGACUACUGCUGCAUCGACAAGAAGGGUGACAUCUACUGCUGGCGCAACGGCGGCUCGGGUAAAGCGCCAACCGCCAAAGAGAACGGCUACUGGCAGGAACUUGUCGGCGGAAUCACCUUUAAGGCCAAGGGCGAGGGCGAGGGUAUCGAUGGAGUCCGUUUCGUCGACAUCAACGGCGAUGGCCGAACCGACUGGGUCUACAUACACAAGGACGGAUCCAGCGAUAUCUACGUCAACCAGCGUGGAAGCUACAGCGAAGACGGUAAAGGCCUCGCGCCUCACUGGGCGAAGGCAUCGUCAACCCACGCGGCGUUCGGCGGGCUGGACACGCGGGACAAUAUCUAUUUCGGUCGACUCCAACCCAGAUCGUCUCGCGGCGACAACCUUCCCGCUAGAGCCGACCGUAUUGUCGUGCAAAACUUGACAGCAACCGCGGGUAAGAAUGACCCCAAGGUACAGCUCUUCUUUCAGACCAACCUGGGCGCCGGUGGUACGAAGCUCAAGGGAGACGGUGUUUUCUACUGUGAUAUGUUUGGCAGUGGCAGCGACGACUAUCUGUGGGUGCUUUCGACGGGCGCCAUCACCCUGUUCAAGAACAUCCACUCGCCACCUCAGUGGGGGCCUCUUGGACAGAUCAUCGACAUCGAGAGGGACCGAAAGAGCAUUCAUUUCGGUGACUGGGAUGGUGAUGGAAAGUGCGACAUCCUGGCGGUUGAGCGCCAUACAGGCCGCGUCGAGUGGUGGCGCAAUCUCUACAAGACCGGCGACAAGGUGCCUACCUUCGCUGCCCCCAAGUGGGCUGUCGACUCCUACGACCACCUAUGUACCGAGGGCUGGGGUAACGGCGUCUAUGACUAUGGCCUUGAGUUUGCCGAUCUUGAUGGUGACAAGAGGGUUGACUACUUGUGCAUGAAGAAGAAUAUGCAGGUCUUUGGGUCCUUGAAUAAGGCGGGAGGGCUUCAGUAUAAGGAUCAGAUCAAGCUCGCCCCUGAUGAAGGCAAACUGGACCGAGCCAACUUCAAGUGGGCCGAUGUCAACGGUGACGGAAAGGCCGACUUGAUCUGGGUCGACAAGUUCAAUGGCAAGGGACGCCUCUGGACUAACGGCGGAUUCACACCGGCCGCCAGCAGUAGCAUGACCUGGAACUACGAGGGCUUUCGCUUCGACGGCUACGGCCGCGGGCAAAACAUUCACUUCCCCAAGAUCGGGACCAGUGGCCGCGCUGACUACCACGAUGUCUGGCCGGAUACGGGAAUUUCCAACACCUGGUUCAACGAGUGUUCGCGCGAAGGCGAAGGUCAGGAUGACUACCCGACUCCCAUUGACCCCAACUUACCUGUCGUGGGUUCAUGGGCUUCGUUGAAUCCAACUUGGCAGGACCUUACCCCGGAAAGUGUCAUUGUCACGAGCAAGGGUGACUUCACCAUCCCAUACACGGACCAUCAGGUUUAUUCCACUUUAGCGCUGACAGGGGUAUGAUGGCGCCCAGUUAGUGUACUUCUAGAAUCCAAUCACAACGCGGUACGAAAAUUACAGCCUUUGCGCCUUUUUGCCUGCUCCAUU